UCAAGAUGCUGCAAUUACACCUUAUAUAUACACAUAUUAUUCAUGAGAAAUAGCAACCAAUACGAGGACAAACAGCUACCUUAAUAAUCAAAUAAAAAAACAGAGGAAAACAGAGCAGAAAAACAUGUCUCUGUUUCAAACCUUGUUGUUUAACCAAAACAACCCAUUUGAUCAUUUCCAACCUUUUCUAAAACUAAAUUCAGAUUCAUUGGGAUAUGAAUCAAACACCCAAAUGGAUUGGAAGGAGACCUGUGAUUCCCAUAUCUUCCAAUUCGAUCUUCCCGGGUUCACCAAAGAGGAUUUGAAGCUUGAAUUGCAUGAAAACAGAGUACUCUGCAUCAAAGCAGAGAAGAAACCAGAAGAAGAAGAAGAAAAUGAAGAGAAGAGUCUCAAGUGGCAUUGCAAGGAGAGAAAGAACAAUGGUGUGUUCAUGAAGGAAUUUAGGUUACCGGAGAAUGCAAAAGUUGAUGAUGUCAAGGCUUCAAUGCAUGAUGGAGUGUUGACUAUAAAAUUGGUUAAGGAUGAGACAAAGAAGAAGAAGAACAAGCAUCAACACAAGAAGAAGGUUCAUAUUUAUGAAGAGGGGGGUGAUGAUGGUGAAGGGGUUUCUCACAAAGGAAUUGGACGUUUUGUUUGUUGCAAAGCUUAGAACUUUUCAUCCAAAUGUGUUGAGUUUGGUGAAGGGUUUGUAAAUUAAUUGUCGUGUAAUUUCUGCGAAAAAAAUUUG